UUCUUGCCGCAGAGCCAAUAAGCAUCCUCUCUACGUGGAUGGGCGGGGCUAUGUCAUAUAGAGGGUUGGUGUGAGUGUGUGGAAGGGCUGGAGUGAGUGAACCUCCGAUGAAUAAGACUGGUAUCAAGAGUUAGUCCUGCCUCCCGUGUGUUAAGAUGACCAAGCUGGGCUUUCUGCGUCUGUCCUAUGAGAAACAGGACACCCUGCUGAAGCUGCUUAUUCUGUCUAUGGCAGCCGUCCUAUCGUUCUCCACCAGACUGUUCUCCGUCCUGAGGUUUGAGAGCGUCAUCCAUGAGUUUGAUCCGUAUUUUAACUACCGAACCACUCGCUUUCUGACAGAAGAGGGCUUCUACCAGUUUCAUAACUGGUUUGAUGAUCGUGCUUGGUAUCCACUUGGGAGGAUUAUCGGAGGCACCAUUUACCCUGGUUUGAUGGUCACAUCUGCGGCUUUGUAUCACGUGCUGCAUUUCUUCCACGUCACCAUCGACAUCCGCAAUGUGUGCGUGUUCCUCGCCCCUCUCUUCUCCUCCUUCACCACUAUCGUCACGUACCACUUCACCAAAGAGCUCAAGGAUGCGGGCGCAGGGCUUCUGGCUGCCGCCAUGAUCGCAGUCGUCCCUGGAUACAUUUCCCGUUCUGUUGCAGGCUCGUACGAUAAUGAAGGGAUCGCCAUUUUCUGCAUGCUACUGACGUACUACAUGUGGAUCAAGGCAGUGAAGACCGGGUCUGUUUACUGGUCAUCUAUGUGCGCGCUGGCUUAUUUUUACAUGGUGUCAUCUUGGGGUGGUUACGUGUUCCUGAUUAACCUCAUUCCCCUCCACGUGCUGGUGUUGAUGCUCACCGGCCGCUUCUCUCAUCGUAUUUAUGUGGCCUACUGCACAGUUUACUGCCUGGGCACCGUCCUCUCCAUGCAGAUCUCCUUUGUUGGAUUCCAGCCUGUCCAGUCCUCCGAGCACAUGGCUGCUUUCGGAGUGUUUGGCCUGUGCCAGAUUCACGCCUUUGUCGAUUACCUGCGCAGCAAACUGAACACGCAGCAGUUUGAGGUGUUGUUCAAGAGCGUCAUCUCGCUGGUCGGCAUCAUUCUGCUCUCUGCGGGUGGAGUGCUCAUGUUGACAGGGAAAAUCUCUCCUUGGACCGGUCGUUUUUACUCUCUGCUGGAUCCAUCAUACGCUAAGAACAACAUCCCCAUUAUCGCCUCUGUGUCUGAGCAUCAGCCAACCACCUGGUCCUCAUAUUACUUUGACCUGCAGCUGUUGGUCUUCAUGUUUCCAGUUGGCUUGUAUUACUGCUUUAACAACCUAUCAGACGCUACCAUUUUCAUCAUCAUGUACGGCGUCACCAGCAUGUACUUCUCAGCUGUGAUGGUGCGUCUCAUGUUGGUUCUGGCUCCUGUCAUGUGCAUCCUGUCUGGCAUCGGCGUGUCCCAGGUUCUUACCACCUACAUGAAGAACCUGGACAUGAGCCGACCUGACAAGAAAUCUAAGAAGCAGCAGGACGCUACCUAUCCCAUCAAGAAUGAGGUGGCAAGUGGGAUGAUUCUGGUCAUGGCUUUCUUCCUCAUCACGUACACUUUCCACUCCACCUGGGUGACCAGCGAAGCAUACUCGUCCCCCUCCAUCGUCCUGUCCGCCCGCGGUGGCGACGGCAGCCGCAUCAUUUUCGAUGACUUCAGAGAGGCUUAUUAUUGGCUCAGACACAACACACCAGAGGAUGCUAAAGUCAUGUCAUGGUGGGAUUAUGGGUAUCAAAUAACAGCGAUGGCCAAUCGAACAAUUCUAGUAGACAACAACACUUGGAAUAACACACACAUCUCCAGAGUUGGCCAGGCUAUGGCCUCCACAGAAGAGAAAGCCUAUGAGAUUAUGCGAGAGCUGGAUGUUAGCUACGUACUGGUGAUCUUUGGUGGUCUGACUGGAUACUCAUCUGAUGACAUUAAUAAGUUCCUUUGGAUGGUCCGUAUCGGAGGCAGCACGGACACAGGAAAGCACAUUAAAGAACACGAUUACUACACACCCACCGGAGAGUUUCGUGUGGACCGAGAGGGAUCCCCUGUCCUGCUCAAUUGCCUAAUGUACAAAAUGUGCUACUAUCGCUUCGGCCAGGUCUACACCGAAGCCAAACGCCCUCCUGGUUACGACAGAGUUCGUAACGCUGAGAUUGGCAACAAGGACUUUGAGUUGGAUGUGCUGGAGGAAGCGUAUACUACAGAGCACUGGCUUGUCAGGAUAUACAAGGUCAAAGACCUCGACAACCGUGGCCUAUCAAGAACGUAAAAGCAGAAACGCAAAAUCCACGACCCCCUUCAAUAGCGCACAGCACUGAAAGUCUGCGGCCCCCACCCCAUGAUCUGAAAAGAAAACCUGAAUACUUUUUUAUACUUUUGUUGUAAUUGCUGAAAGAGAUUUUUGACAUACUUUUUUCUUUUUUAAUUUGAUUUACAAAUGUAAUGUUUUGUCUGAACUGGGGGCAGAAUGUCAAAAUAUUUUCUGCGAAGGUGACCUGAGGUGAAGGAUAUUUGUUGAAAUUCUUCAUAAGUCAUGUUUGCAAUCAACUGGCCAGAUAACUUGCUGAUUUGUCUUUAUAUGGGUGAAUAAAGGAGUGACUGGGAUUAAA